CAGCCUCGUCAAGCCCUAACGGCUACUUGCCAACCAAAAUAAUACCAGAAUUCCCAAUCUUCCUCUGCAAGCAGACCAGACUCCUGAGAAAAAUCUUCUUUUUAAACUCGAAAUCGAGACUUCUCUCGUCUUCCAUUGCAAGAUCCUCGAGUUCUUUGCUCGAUCUUCCAUGGCUCUCUGCGCUUCCAAUCUCCCCAACAACAACAACAACGACAACAACAACAACGUGAUUGGCUCGCGUAAGGUUCGCCUAAUAGCCAAAAUCAGGGGCUUUUCCGACCGGGAAGCUGAAUUCCCAACUGGGUCUUCUUGGAUCUCCGUGAACAAGCCCAACGGAGACGCUUCCAAGCCCGUCACCGUCACUUUCGGAGACCUCUCUGCAAGUCGUAAGGAUUCUUAUGAAGUGGACUAUUGCUAUGAGCAAAGUGAAGACAAUGAGUUGAUAUUUUCAAGAGAAGUGAAACCUCUAAUUUCUGGGGUUUUUGAUGGUUGUAACGCCACUGUUAUUGCCUAUGGAGCAAGAGGCAGUGGAAAGACUUCCUUAACUCAGGGUUCAACUGAGAAGCCUGGAUUGGCAGCACUUGCAAUAGCUGAAAUUCUCUCACUGGCCGAGGAUACUGGAAAAUCAGUCACUAUUUCUUUCUAUGAGGUUUACCAGGAUCGUGUUUGUGACCUAUUGGAUUCGAAGCAGCAAGCGGUUUUUGUAUUGGAAGACAAACAAGGAAAAAUUCAACUUAAGGGACUUUCUCGGGUUCCCUUGAAAUCAAUUUCAGAUUUUCAAAAGUUAUAUGUUGAAUUCGGUUUACGUAAACCAACACAAAAGGCGGUAACUGAGCUUUCUCGUAAGGGCCACAAGGGAUUGAUAGUUCAUAUCUCAGCUACCAAUGAAAAGUUAGAUACUCUUGCUGCGAGCAAGAUGAAUUUUGUUGAUUUAGCAGGUUAUGAAGAUGUUCGAAGAAAGAGUAGUGAAAGCCUUAAUGUUGUUGAGCAGACUAAAGUCAACAAGUCCAUAUAUGCCUUGUUGAAUGUCAUUCAUGCUUUGAGUGUCAAUGAAAGACAUGUGCCCUACAGAGAAAGUAAAAUGGCACGCAUAUUACAAGAUUCUCUUGGAGGGGUCAACAAAGUUUUGAUGGUUGCUUGCUUGAACCCAACGUUUUGCCUAGAUUCCAUAAACAUGGUGAACUUGGCAUCUCGCUCUUGUCAAAAGAUUAACCGGUCUGUCAUCGACUCGACAAAGAAGGUUCAUAGUUUGAUAAGACCGAUGACAAUUUCAUCAAAGAAAAGCCAGCUACCUAGGACUGUUUCUGCUAUUGCAAAGAAACAAGCUAGCUCCCGAGUUCCUCUUUCUGAAAAGAAACUCAAUGUUGGUACAUCCUUUAAAGUGAAAGGAAGGAAAUUAUUUGGUGAAGCAGGUGAUUUUACUCCAUCAAACAAGGCAAGUUCAAUGUUAAAAAACGUCUCACCUGUUGAGACUAUAGUGAAGGAAGAGGGAAAGCCCGCUGAACAUGUCACUGAUAUCACAGUGCCUUCAGAAGAGGGCAAUGCAUUACCAAUUGUUCUUAAGCAUACAGAACCCACUUCUAUAGUGGAAAAGGACCAUUUAUCAUCCGAGUCUCACAAUGCACAAGUUUUUUGCUUAAAAACCGAUGAAACGACUCAUGAGCCUCAAAAUUCACAAUUUACUCCUACAGUGGGAAAGGCUUCCGAGUAUGGUGAAAAUCAUCCUGAGGAUGCUACUCCUUAUGUUGAUGUCAACAUAGACACAAAGUCAUUGUCUUUUGCCCCAGAAGGCCAAAACAUUGCAAACGAUAACAUCAAUUCACUAGUCGUUGAUGAUAACUCGCCGCCAAUAAGUUUGAGGCUGCGAGAACUAUCGAACAGCUUAAAAGCCCUUUGUUCUGCAACUCCAACUCCGUUUUGCUUGAAAACGGCAGAAAAGGAUGCUUCAUCUCAUGCUUUAGUCUCCACUGAUGUUUUGGAACCAAAAACUCCAGUUACUGAACGGAGCACUAUGAUGGAGGAUAAAUGGAAUGUUAAAAAUGUCAACAGCCCUUGGGGAACAUUUAGCGCUCGCAGUACUGGGAUGAAGAACUCACUUGUCCACGAAUAUCUGAGGUUUCUAAAUACAGCUGACAAGAAAGACUUGAAGAAAUUAAAGGGCAUUGGAGAGAAGAGAGCAAUAUAUAUCCUCAAAAUGCGUGAAGAAUCUCCAGAGCCCUUCAAGAAUCUUGAUGAUCUGAAGCAUAUUGGUCUUUCAGGGAAGCAGGUUAAGGCCUUAAUGAAAAAGGAAGUUGGAGGGCUUUUCGAUUAACCAAUCAAAGAGGGAUUGUAAAUGUUUCUCUUUUCUUUAUGUAUAGAUUUUCUGUAUUGCAAGACAUGUUUUGUUGUCACUUGUAGAAAGGGAAAUUAUCUAUUUGUGGUAAUAUGAAGUUGCCUUGUAAUUCCACCUUAUUUUAUUGUUGCUACUUUCUAUGCUUUUGUAAUAAUAUGUACAC